AUGUCAGCCUCAAUCAUCUCGCGUGCCGCAGAUGCCUUGAUCUCCCCUGGGAGGAGGGACAUUGCUAUCGCGGAGAUCGUUCUGUUUUCUAUCAUUCAUGUGACCCAAAUUCCUCUGCGAUACAUGCAGGAAUGGCGUUAUUGGCACCAUGAUAAGAGACAGAGCCCUGGACGCUGCUACUUUUAUUCCUGGUGGAGCAUGGUUGGGCUCUUGGCACAGAUCCGCAUAGCGAGCUCUGCUAUGAUACUAUCAACUUCGCACCCAAACAAGUCCAUGUUUAUUGCCGAGUCUGCCUUGCAAAACGUUGGACUUUCGCCUCUUUUAUUCGAAGUUAGCCUUGUUCUUUUGGCAUGUGGGCAAUCAGGCGAGUUCGGACCUGGGAAAUCGAAGUAUUCAAAGCCAUUGAGGUUCGCACUACAUGGCUUCCGUUUCCCCAUCGUCAUCGCCAUCGUUCUCGCCAUCGUGGGUGGAAUCAUUGAUAAUCCCACUCUAGGAAAAGUGGGAUCGGCCAUUUUAAUCGUCAUAUUUGUAUUCGUGUGUGGUUUGGUUGUCUGGUUGGCCGUGAAUUCGCGCUCAACUCUCCCAGUGGAAGGGCACCACGGGAUUCUGAUUGUCCUUCUCGCUCUCCCAUUCCUGUUGAUCAGGAUUGUGUAUUUCCUGCUGUUGGAAUACGGAUCUCCGAAGUUCAACCCUGCCACGGGUAGCGUGAGUGCCUUGGCGGGCAUGGGCUUGUUGAUGGAGAUCUUCGUCGUCACGUUGCUUCUGACAGCGCGUGCUGUAGCGAUGCCGAUCUGUUUGGGCCAUACGAAGCAACAUAUGGAGUCCGAUGAUGAGGACCAGGCAGUUAAUACUGAGACCCCAUACAAUCAGUCACUGGCGUGA